AAAAAAGUUGCCAAAUCAAAAUGGUCACCGAGCCGAAGUCCGUUGAGCCCAAGGUCAGCACCAAGGAGGCGCAGUGCCAGUCAUCGGACUGCGAGACUUCCCAGCAGGUGCCGGUCUCGCAAGUAAGCAGCCCGAAGGGCACCCGUGUGGGGAUCUUCAAUGCCGAGGACUUCUUGUCGCGUGCUCAGAUGAACGACAAAAUCAACAACAUCUUGCGCUCGCCCACCAAGCCGCCCAACGGGGUGCGCCAGCGCUCCGUCUACACCAACAACCCAUCGCCGCAAGCAAGGUUGCGUGUCGGCAUGACUGGGGGGCAGCUGUCCCAACGCAUGAGCAACAUCUCGCUGUCCUCCGGCACGGACUCCGUGGGCCACAUGGAUCGCGGCAGCAGCUCCAGUCUCGCUAGCAGCGCCACCGUUGGCACCAACACCAUCACCAGCGGCAUUUCCAAGGAGUGCGCCAAUUACCCCGUCGGCAGUCAGUCGGCCCGUCCAUACGUCCAACUGCCGGGCAUACACAUUUCCAACCCUCCCCAGUACGGGCCAGGGAAUAUGCAGGAAAUAGACGCUGGCAAAAUGGCGCAGAACGGCAAGGCACUCACAGGGCGCUACAGUGCCACGCCCACCUAUGGCUUCGACAACGAGUAGAACUACUGCCUGAAUUCCCAACAGUUGCCGUCUCCAAUGCCCCCUCCACCAUACGCCUUGGCACGCGUGAGCAGCACACGCAACUUCGAGCUCGAGAACCACACACC